AUGAGGAGAAGGAUCAGCUGCUCUUCCUCCUCCGCUCUAUUCUCCUUCUUCUUCCUCCUCAGCUGGCCUGCCUGCUCCGUCUCCAGUGGGGAAGACACCUUAUCCCCUGAUCGGCCUCUCCUCGAUGACGGAGCAACCGCUUUGGUCUCCUCCGGCGGCAGAUUCCGGUUGGGCUUCUUCAGCCCCAACGGUUCCACCAACCGCUACGUGGGCAUAUGGUACAACAAAAUCUCCAUCCAAACAGUCGUGUGGGUCGCCAACCGUCGACAGCCAAUCGCCACCCUCUCCGGCAACCUCUCUUUGACCAACAACGGUAUACUCAUCAUCACCGGCGAAGACAAUUCCACCGCCAUCUGGUCUUCCGGGUCGCCUGCCUCAGGCCUCAGGAAUCCAGUCGCACGGAUCCUCGACGAUGGCAACUUCGUCGUCGUCGAAGAGGCCGGCAGCAACGACGACGACCCUAACAGCUUCGCAUGGCAGAGCUUCGACUUCCCGUCGGACACGUUCUUGCCGGGCAUGGUGCUGAGGCAGAAGCAGCUCCGCACAGGGGCCAUCCUCAACAUCAAUUUCACGGCCUGGAUGAGCUCCACGGACCCCGCUCCAGGCCAAUACACCCUCGGAUUAAACGUGCAAGGCGACCCCCAAGUAUUCAUCUGGAGAGGGACCCAACCCUUCUGGCGCGGAGGCCCAUGGAACGGCCGCUGGUUCAGUGGCAUCCCAGAGGUGGCGGAGAACGCUAGCUGGCUCAUAAACGUCAACGUGGAACAAAAUAUUAAUCAAAUCUCCUACUCGGCCAUCAACCAGUCUUCAGUUAUAGUGAGGGAGAUCAUGGACUCCUCAGGCCAUAUCCAAAUCCUCGUGUGGAUCGAGGCUGAGCAGCGCUGGAGUGUCUGUUGGGACAUACCCAAGGACCCGUGCGAUCUAAUGUCCUCGUGCGGCCCCAACACUUACUGCAGCUCCAACACCUCGCCGCAGUGCGCAUGCUUGCCGGCUUUUCAUCCAAGGAACCAACGUAAUUGGGAUUUGUGGGACUGGUCAGACGGCUGCACGAGGACGACGCCCUUGGACUGUCAGAAUAAUACCGAUGGAUUCUUCACACUGAGUGGCACCAAACUGCCCGACACGUCCAGAUCGACAGUCAAUGCGAACUUGAGUUUGGUGGAGUGCAGGGCUCUGUGCUUCAGCAACUGCUCGUGCAGAGCAUAUGCUCCAUCCAACAUAAGUGGAAUUGAAAGUGGCUGCUUGAUCUGGACAGAUGAUCUCACUGAUAUCAAAGUCUAUCGGAGUGGUCUAGGACAGGAUCUAUAUGUCAGAUUGGCAGCGGCAGAUUUAGCAUCAGCAAUAUCUGAAGCUUUGCGCAGUCAUUCUAAUCGUAAUAUCUUAAUGAUCGUGCUUCUUCCACUGGCAAUUCUGUUCCUUGCUUCUGUUGCUUACUCCAUUUGGAGGUGGAAGAAGAGAAGUUCUCAUAUUGACUAUGAAGCAGAAGAAAAGGACAUGGAAUUGCCAUUGUUUGACUUGAAUACGAUUAAAGAUGCCACCGAUGGCUUCUCAACAUACAACAAACUUGGUCAAGGAGGCUUUGGCCCUGUAUACAAGGGUAAAUUGGGGGAGGAUCAACAGAUUGCAGUGAAAAGAUUAUCUAAGACAUCGUCGCAAGGAGUCGAUGAGUUCAAAAAUGAGAUCACAUUGAUCGCGAAACUGCAGCAUCGAAAUCUUGUUAAGCUUCUUGGCUGUUGCAUCCAAGGAGGAGAAAGACUCUUGAUCUAUGAAUACAUGUUCAAUGGAAGCUUGGACACAUUCCUAUUUGGUGAAGCUCAAACUGUAUUACUGGAUUGGAGAGCGAGGUACAACAUCAUUCUCGGUGUCGCUCGAGGUCUACUUUAUCUUCACCAUGAUUCAAGAUUAAGGAUCGUUCAUAGGGAUCUUAAAGCUAGUAAUAUUCUACUCGACAAAUAUAUGAAUCCCAAAAUAUCAGAUUUUGGUAUGGCUAGGAUAUUUGGAGGAGAUGAAUCUGAAUCAAUUACCAAGAGAGUCGUCGGAACCUAUGGUUACAUGUCUCCCGAAUAUAUCAUUAAUGGUAUUUUUUCAAUAAAAUCCGAUGUAUUUAGUUUUGGAGUACUAGUACUUGAGAUAAUAAGUGGUAAAAGGAACAGAGAUGCUGACCAAUCAAUGGAACAAUUGAAUCUUCUAGGAAAUCUGUGGAUCAAGUGGAAAGAAGGAAAAUACAUAGAUUUAGUUGACAAAAAUUUCAGCCACCUGUUAUCCGAAAAUCAAAUAUUAAGGUGCAUAAAAGUUGGACUUUUAUGUGUCCAAAAGAAACCAGAAGAUAGACCAACAAUGUCUUCGGUAUUAGCAAUGUUGGUAAGUGUCGAUAAUAUUUCUCUCCUACCAGAACCUAAACAACCAGGCUUUUUUAUUGCAAGACCAUCAUCUGUAAGCUCAGAUGUCAAUAUUCGAGAGUUAGAGUCCGUGAACCAAGUAUCGAUCACUGAAAUUGCUGUUUACAAGUUGCCUUCAUUAAUUUCCUUUGAGAUGCAUAUUUUUGUUGUUAUUAAUCAAUCAACAAUGAGGAGAAGGAUCAGCUGCUCUUCCUCCUCCGCUCUAUUCUCCUUCGUCUUCCUCCUCAGCUGGCCUGCCUGCUCCGUCUCCAGUGGGGAAGACACCUUAUCCCCUGAUCGGCCUCUCCUCGAUGACGGAGCAACCGCUCUGGUAUCCUCCGGCGGCAGAUUCCGGUUGGGCUUCUUCAGCCCCAACGGUUCCACCAACCGCUACGUCGGCAUAUGGUACAACAACAUCUCCAUCCAAACCGUCGUGUGGGUCGCCAACCGUCGGCAGCCAAUCACCGCCCGCUCUGGCAACCUCUCUUUGACCAGAAACGGCACGCUUAUCCUCACCGGCGAAGACACCUCCACCCUCAGCUGGUCUUCCGAGUCGCCGAACUCGGCCCUCAGGAAUCCAGUCGCACGGCUCCUCGACGAUGGCAACUUGGUCGUCCAAGAGGUUGACAGCAACGGCAACGACCCUAACAGCUUCGCAUGGCAGAGCUUCGACUUCCCGACGGACACGCUCUUGCCGGGCAUGGUGCUGGGGCAGAAGCAGCUCCGCACAGGGGCCAUCCUCAACAUCAACCUCACGGCCUGGAUGAGCUCCACGGACCCCGCUCCAGGCCAAUACACCCUCGGAUUAAACGUGCAAGGCGACCCCCAAAUAUUCAUCUGGACAGGGACCCAACCCUUCUGGCGCGGAGGCCCAUGGAACGGCCUUUGGUUCAGUGGCAUCCCAGAGGUGACGGAGAAAGCUAGCUGGCUCAUAAACGUCAACGUGGAACAAAAUAUUAAUCAAGUCUCCUACUCGGCCAUCAACCAGUCUUCAGUUAUAUUGAGGGAGAUCAUGGACUCCUCAGGCCAUAUCCAACUCCUCGUGUGGAUCGAGGCUGAGCAGCGCUGGAGUGACAGUUGGGACAUACCCAAGGAUCCGUGCGAUCUAAUGUCCUCGUGCGGCCCCAACAGUUACUGCAGCUCCAACACCUCGCCGCAGUGCGCAUGCUUGCCGGCUUUCCAUCCAAGGAACCAACGUAAUUGGGAUUUGUGGGACUGGGUAGACGGCUGCAUGAGGACGACGCCCUUGGACUGUCUGAAUAACACCGAUGGAUUCUUCACACUGAGUGGCACCAAAUUGCCCGACACGUCCAGAUCGACAGUCAAUGCGAACUUGAGUUUGGUGGAGUGCAGGGCUCUGUGCUUCAGCAACUGCUCGUGCAGAGCAUAUGCUCCGUCCAACAUAAGUGGAAUUGAAAGUGGCUGCUUGAUCUGGACAGAUGAUCUCACUGAUAUCAAAGUGUAUCGGAGUGGUCUGGGACAGGAUCUUUAUGUCAGAUCGGCAGCGGCGGAUUUAGCAUCAGCAAUAUCUGAAGCUUUACGCAGUCAUUCUAAUCGUAAUAUCUUAAUGAUCGUGCUUCUUCCUCUGGCAAUUCUGUUCCUUGCUUCUGUUGCUUACUCCAUUUGGAGGUGGAAGAAGAGAAGUUCUCAUAUUGACUAUGAAGCAGAAGAAAAGGACAUGGAAUUGCCAUUGUUUGACUUGAAUACGAUUAAAGAUGCCACCGAUGACUUCUCAACAGACAACAAACUUGGUCAAGGAGGCUUUGGCCCUGUAUACAAGGGUAAAUUGGGGGAGGAUCAACAGAUAGCAGUGAAAAGAUUAUCCAAGACAUCGUCACAAGGAGUCGAUGAGUUCAAAAAUGAGAUCACAUUGAUCGCGAAACUGCAGCAUCGAAAUCUUGUUAAGCUUCUUGGCUGUUGCAUCCAAGGAGGAGAAAGACUCUUGAUCUAUGAAUACAUGUUCAAUGGAAGCUUGGACAAAUUCCUAUUUGGUGAAGCUCAAACUGUAUUACUGGAUUGGAGAGCAAGGUACAACAUCAUUCUCGGUGUCGCUCGAGGUCUACUUUAUCUUCACCAUGAUUCAAGAUUAAGGAUCGUUCAUAGGGAUCUUAAAGCUAGCAAUAUUCUACUUGACAAAGAUAUGAAUCCCAAAAUAUCAGAUUUUGGUAUGGCUAGGAUAUUUGGAGGAGAUGAAUCUGAAUCAAUUACCAAGAGAGUCGUCGGAACCUAUGGUUACAUGUCUCCCGAAUAUAUCAUUAAUGGUAUUUUUUCAAUAAAAUCCGAUGUAUUUAGUUUUGGAGUACUAGUACUUGAGAUAAUAAGUGGUAAAAGGAACAGAGAUGCUGACCAAUCAAUGGAACAAUUGAAUCUUCUAGGAAAUCUGUGGAUCAAGUGGAAAGAAGGAAAAUACAUAGAUUUAGUUGACAAAAAUUUCAGCCACCUGUUAUCCGAAAAUCAAAUAUUAAGGUGCAUAAAAGUUGGACUUUUAUGUGUCCAAAAGAAACCAGAAGAUAGACCAACAAUGUCUUCGGUAUUAGCAAUGUUGGUAAGUGUCGAUAAUAUUUCUCUCCUACCAGAACCUAAACAACCAGGCUUUUUUAUUGCAAGACCAUCAUCUGUAAGCUCAGAUGUCAAUAUUCGAGAGUUAGAGUCCGUGAACCAAGUAUCGAUCACUGAAAUUGCUGGUCGAUAGGAAUUGAAUGAUGAAAGUCCAUGUAACACACAUAUAAAGGUAAAACAUGUAUAUCUCUCUUUUUUUAUUGUAUUGUGUUACUUGUUUCUAAAUAAAAUAUUUUGGCAUGGAUCAUCAAGAAACUUGAAUGAAUACUUGCAAUACACUACUACCUUAUGAUCUUAAAAAAAGAGGCAACGAGUGAUGAAACCAUC